AUGGCAGACAGCAACCCCAAGCCAGCAGCUAUGCACAUAGAGGGCUCCGGAAUGGCCACUGAGACAGGCAAAAUUCAUAAUGGAGACGCAGCACUGACGUUGUUCGAUGACCUGGAGGAGAUGCACGAAGGAUUUGAGCCAGGCGAGGAGAAAAGGCUCGUUCGCAAGAUUGAUAUGAUGAUUCUGCCCUUCCUGUCGGUUUGCUAUGCGUUCUACUAUAUCGACAAAACUACACUAUCCUACGCAGCUAUCUUCGGAAUAGAGCAGGAUUUGAAUCUCUCUGGCACUGAGUAUUCAUGGUUGUCAAGUGUCUUCUAUUUUGGCUUCCUGGUCUGGUCAUUUCCAACCAACCUAUUGAUGCAGCGAUUCCCUAUCGGCAAAUAUCUUGGAGCCAAUAUCUUUCUCUGGGGGGUUUUCCUCAUGCUACAGGCGGCUGCCAAAAACUUCACUCAACUCGCCGCUUUGCGAGUUAUUUCGGGUGCAGCUGAAGCUUGCAGUGAUCCUGCAUUCAUGCUUAUUACCAGUAUGUGGUAUACUCGUCGCCAACAGCCCAUUCGGAUCGGCCUAUGGUAUACGGCAAAUGGCUUCGGCAUCGCGGUCGGUGGCUUACUGGGAUAUGGGAUUGGUCAGAUUAAGGGAUCACUCGCUUCUUGGAAAUAUGAAUUCUUGAUAAUCGGUGCUCUAUGCUGUGCAUGGGGCAUUGUAAUGGUCAUCUUCCUUCCCGACUCACCAGUCACAACAAAACAGCUGUCCGACCGCGAGAAGAAACUCGCAGUUGAAAGGCUGAGAGACAAUCAAACUGGUAUAGAGAACCGAAACAUGAAGCCGCAUCAAAUUUUUGAGGCUUUGACCGAUUGGAAAGUCUGGACAUUCUUCCUGCUUGGCCUCAGUGGAAAUAUCCCUAAUGGAGGUAUAUCGAAUUUUGGAACACUGAUUAUCAAGGGAUUUGGCUAUUCAACAUUGGUAACAACCCUCAUGCAAAUCCCGUAUGGAGUCUUUAUCGCAGUGAUGAUUCUCCUCAGCGUGUUCAUCAAUGACCGACUGCCACGCAACAACCGAUGUAUAGUGGCCAUUGUUUUUGUUCUCCCGACUCUAGCAGGCUCUUUCGGGCUCCACUUCGUCCCCGAGUCCGACAGCGUAGCGCGGUUGAUCUGCUACUACCUGACCGGAUCUUACAAUGCUUCAUUUGUGAUCAUCCUUUCGCUCCUCACUGGAAAUAUUGCCGGCCACACGAAGAAAGUUAUUACCAAUGCAAUGAUCUUCCUUGGUGUUUGUACUGGUAAUAUCGCCGGGCCAUUCUUUUAUAAAGCCGAGCAGGCACCAGGCUAUGCACUGGGGAUUUGGUCGAUGAUUGUCGCAAACCUCAUCGAGAUCGCAUUGAUCAUCUUCCUCGCAAUUGCUCUUGCUUGGGAGAACCGACGCCGUGACCGGAUACAGAAUGUGGUGCCAGGAGGAGACAAUGACUAUCUCCGACAGCUCGAAUUGGAUCGAACGGCGUUUAGUGACCUGACGGACAAGGAGAACAUGAACUUCCGUUACCUGCACUAG